GGACAGACGCACUGGGAAGGGGGAGGGAUCCGCGGCGCCGGGACGUGCAGAAAACUACACUUCCCGGCGAGCUCCGCCGCGCCAGGCCUCGCGCUGCCGGCUGAGUGAAGGGGAAGCGGCGCGCGCGGCCGGCCGGCCGGCUCCGUGUUCUACUUCCCGGGUGGAUGCUGCUCUCGCUCGGGCAAGUGGCGCACGAAGCACUGGGGCAGCAACUUAAUGCAAGAGGGAUCUCUUCCUUUUGAUGGUGAAGACGACAACUUUUGAGAGAGUUUGGACAAAACAAUCAAAUUCACCAGUAAUUUAUGAGAAAGGAAAGAUUUACUUUGACAAUUACAGAUGCUGUUUCAUUAGUACUGGCCCUCAACCAAUCUUGCUUUAUGAAUUGCCCAAACUCCAUAAGUCUGAGAAGAUUGAGGAUGCUCUAUUGUGCGAGUCACCAGUGGGAGAAAUGUUACCCAAGCCAUCAGAUCACAAGCCUGCAAUCUUGGCUCUUACUGCAAAUAACUGGUUCAUCCGAAUGUCUACCAGGACUGCAGAGAUUCUAGAAAAAGUUUACCUCUCAUCUCAGUGGAAGUUCAGGUAUUUGACUUGGGACAAUACUCAAGAGACCAUAGUAGUAAAGACUACGCAGAACAAAGUUACAGCUGCAGGUCGAGCGGGUGGAGAUCAACAUUCAGUUCUUUUACAUUUGGCUUUGUUCAGUGUUCUACCUCUUAGGUUUGUAGGAAUGAUGGGUAUUGACAAAAAGAUCUUUGGAAACAAUGUAACAGAUGCCACAGUUUCUCAGGGUUUACUCAUUGUGACACACAGUGUGGGCCUGGUUAAGCUUUACAGUUUUCAGUGGAUUGUUGAGAAGUUUACACAGAAACAAUGUAUUCUUGGCCAAAACUGUGAAUGGAACAACACAACUGGAAUUGUAGGUGCAGCUCCAUUUGGAAUUCCAUGUAAUAUUAAAAUAACAGAUUGUCCACCUGUUCUAUUUGAAGUUGCUUGUCUUGAAAGUGCAUUGCAGAUUGGAGGAUAUCCCUGGCACUACAUCAUUACACCUAAUAAGCAAAACCAGAAGGGCACCUACCAUAUUUGUUCUUUAAAGGAUAAAAAAUUGGCAGAGAAUGGAAUUCAAGAGAUGCCAUGUUGUUCAUUGGAAACUGAUUGGAUAUAUUUCCAUCCAGAUGACUCUGGAAGGAUCAUGCAUAUUGGGCCAACACAAAUUAAUGUAUUGCAGCUGAUUGAAAAAUCUGAAGAUAAGCAAAGAUGGCAGGUUUUACAAGCCUUUACAAUUUUAUCUAAAAGAGAAAGAAAGGUGGAGAACACAGUAACGGUGACAGCCUAUGGUCGAGUUGUAAAAAGACAGUUUUCUCAAUUGGAUGAUGAUCAGUUCGAGACCUUUAAAAUGGUAGACUACGAAGAUGAGCUUGAACUGUUGACUGUUUUGGCAGUAGCUCCAACAGACAAUGAAGGGAAUGCGCGUCUUGAUUUUUACGACAACCAAACUGGCACCUUAAUUAAGAGUGUUUCAAUAGCGGAACCAUGGGAUGUUACCUACAAUCAUCAACUGUUCUUCGACAGAGAUACGAUUAUACAUAUAGAACAGCUGGCGCAUCGAACAGUUUGCUGUCAUGUUUACAAAAUGGUUCAAUGUUCUGAAGGUGAAGAUGGAAAUAAAAAUUGA